AUGUCCCCAUGGCUCCGGCCAACGUACGUUGCCUUCAGCACCCGUGCCAGCUCACGCCCCGCCAGCUUACGCCUCGCCAACACACGCACCACCACCCCCUUCUACACUGUACAAAUAACUGCUACCAAUUAUCGCCCCAGUUCAGAGAUGCUUUCCCCACCGCGUGCGAUCCCUUCCCUGACGCGUCUCCGGACCUUCUUCGCCGCCAUGUCCACCAACCCCUCUCCGAGUUCCGCCGUUCCGGCCGUCAUGCAGCGCCUGGAGAAAGGUGAAUUGCCAUGGGGCUCCGUCUUCUCCGACAAGAUGCUCACCAUGUCGUGGACCAAAUCCGCGGGCUGGGAGCCGCCUCGCAUCGUUCCAUACGGUCCGCUAGCGCUACCGCCUUCCGCCGCCGUCUUCCACUACGCAAUGGAGGUCUUCGAAGGUCUAAAGGCCUACAGAAAUGUCGACGCAGGCGACGGCCCCGUCCGCCUUUUCCGUCCGCAGCUCAACAUUAAACGCCUCAACCACUCCGCGCGCAGGCUUGCCUUGCCCACUGUAGACGAGAAUAAGUUUCUCAACACGCUCGCCGCCUUCGUCGACGAGCAGCAGCACUGGGUCCCUAACAUCCCGGGCUCGUCCCUGUAUCUGCGUCCGACGCUCAUCGCUACUGACGCGCGCAUUGGCGUGCGCAGGAGCGACUCGGCUCUGCUGUAUGUCAUUGCCUCGCCCGUAGCCUCGUUCUUCGCCAAUAAAUCUGCUCUCGGCGCCAAGUAUCAAAAGGGCUUGAGCCUGCUCGCCGACCCCAAGUAUGUGCGCGCAUGGAAGGGCGGCGUGGGUAACUGCAAGACGGGCGGCAAUUACGCGUCGAGUAUCGAACCAACGGAGGUGGCCAAGGAGAAGGGGCACGACCAAAUCUUAUGGCUGAGCGACGAGAAGAGGCAGCUGGUCACCGAGGUGGGGAUGAUGAACGUGUUCUUCGUGUUCCGCGACGCCGCGACGGGGCGGAGGAAAUUGGUGACCCCGCGACUGGACGGUACUAUAUUGGACGGCGUCACGCGCAGAUCGAUCCUGGAGCUGGCGCCAGGGAUGAACAUUGAAGCCGAGGAGAGAGAUAUCAGCAUUAUGGAGGUAUGUAAAGGGGUGCGCAAUGGGAAGAUUUCAGAGAUUUUCGGGGCGGGGACAGCGGCGGUCGUCUCUCCCGUGCACAAGGUGGAGACACCAGGCGGGAUAGUGGCGGUAAAGCAGAAGGAGGCGAGCGGGGAUUUGUCGGUGAUCCUCAGGGAGAGGCUGGUGGAUAUUCAUCAGUCAGGGGAAGAGCAUCAGUGGAUGGUGCCGGUGACUGACGACAAACGUGGCAGCAGCUACUUUGACGAAGAAGAGGGGCAGGACGAGGGGGUGCGGGCUUCCCCGAUAGCUGUAACUGGAUAAGCGGAUCAAGAGGGAGUGAGUGAAAAUGGAGGCUAGAAGUAAUAUCUCAAUCUAAGUUGUGAUUACAUGUCUUGUAGUUGUGUUGACUGAUUGGAGUGACCAGCUGCUGGUUUUAGCAGCACUGGCAUUAGGUUAAGAAUCGUUUGUGCCUCUAUUCCGGUCUACAGGUUCUUCCCGAGACAAUGGGCGUAACAGCAUCCUUGUUUGUCCCUGCAACUCAACCGUAGGCUCUUGCAGAAGAACCGCAAACUGUUCCUUUGCCAACUAUCUUCCCUGGAGCAGUCAUCAAAGGCCACUACGGUAUACUACUGUAGCGCAUUGCCCUCCAAAUCGCUACUUUUUAAACCCCGUCAUAGUCCCA